AUGCUCAAAGCGCUUUACAUUUUAGGAGGAAACUCAGCGUGUGAACUACCAAUGGGUGAGCCAGGACCAUCUGGGGUGCAGGGCCUAACAGGCAAGAUGGGAGAUGAUGGUCCCCCUGGUUUCAACGGCAUCCCAGGACCCACCGGACCACCGGGAUCUCCUGGUGUGGAGGGCAGUCGUGGACGUCAGGGUCUGGAGGGAGAUAAAGGUGAUGAUGGAGCGAUCGGUCCUCAAGGAGAUCAGGGUCCUGUUGGAGCAAAGGGAGACACUGGUACUCCUGGGGAAGACGGCAUGGAUGGACUCCCUGGAGUGGAUGGAGCUAAAGGAGAGGCUGGCGUUCCCGGGACUGUUGGAGUCAGGGGUAUCGUCGGAAUUCCAGGGUUACCAGGAAAACAGGGGCUAGUUGGAGCUGGAGGUGCCAAGGGUGAUACAGGAGAUGACGGACCAGUAGGACCAAUCGGAGUUCCUGGGAAGACAGGGGCAACUGGACCAGCAGGAGAAGAUGGACAACCAGGAGACAAGGGAGCUUCUGGUGAGACAGGAAAGCAGGGACCAGUGGGGGUCACAGGUGAUACAGGCAUCCAGGGUGACAAAGGGGACAAAGGUGACACUGGUGAAAAAGGACUGAAAGGUCACACUGGAUAUAAGGGAGACCAGGGUCCUAUUGGUCCCGUUGGCCCAAAGGGAAGUGAAGGGGAUCCAGGUCUUAUAGGUGAUUCUGGAGUCAAGGGAGACCAGGGUCCUCCUGGUGUUCCUGGAAUCAAAGGAGAGGUUGGUGAGAAGGGCAUGAAGGGAUAUACCGGGGAAGAUGGUAGACCAGGGCAGCCAGGUCAUGAAGGUUUGACCGGUCCCCAGGGAACCAAUGGACUGGAGGGAGAGAGGGGGUUAACUGGAUCACCUGGGCCUAGGGGCCUACCUGGUCCUAAAGUGAAUGAUAUCAAACUUCGCGAACUAUGCUCAGCAAUUGUUGAAGAACACUUGGCAGAGUUUAAGAAGGAGGUACUGAAGAAACCAGCAGCGAUCGGGGCCCCUGGAAUGGCAGGACUGCCGGGCCCUCCAGGUCCCCCUGGCCCAGCAGGGACUGUAGGAGAUGCAGGCCCCAGAGGACUGAUGGGAAUGAAGGGACCACAUGGAUACUUUGGGUUACCAGGUACACCUGGAAAACAAGGUGACACUGGUGUAAAGGGGGAUACUGGACAUAAGGGAGAAAAGGGAGUGGGAACCCCAGGAAGUCCAGGCGAACCAGGCCCACAAGGUGUGGCUGGCAGCCCUGGCAUUGGGAAGGACGGUAAAGAUGGACCUCCCGGUAAAGACGGUGUUAAUGGUAGCCCAGGUGCCUCUGGUCCCAGGGGAGCUACAGGAGCCCCAGGCUAUUGUGACCCCUCAGACUGUAUAGGCAGGCCCCCACCUCUCUACAUGAUGAAUGGGGGGAAGAAAUCCUCCAGCUACAGGAAGGGGCCGUGAGGAACACAAACAGGAGCUCAGAACACAUUCCAGGAACACAUUCUAUAACUAGCAGCAGCAAGAGAGACAUGAGGUACCCAGUUCAGGAGGGGUAAUACAUGGGAGUCUUUACAUCUCCAUCAUCGCACCACAGAACCAAAGAAAAACACAACGGGAAACAGAGACAAGGCAAAUGUCAUUUGGAAUACUGUAUAGAUACUUUUCAAGCUUCAUCUUUUAGACUGAUGCAUCGUUUUUUUUGUAGAGAGAGCUUAUCUGAUGUUGUGCUUUCUAAGACAGCUGCUAUUGAUUUUAAGCUAGCCUUUCAGCUGACGAGUGGCCCAUCAUGGCCCAAGAGCUGCCCCAAAGACCAAUACAAAACUAGACAAACUUAUAAAAUGACCAUAUUGUUCAAUUCAAGCUGUUCAAUGUAUAUCCACAGCUUCAAGCUUUACUCUCUCACUCAACAGACAUACUGUAUGUUGGGCAGACAAACAGGGCACUAUGUUGGUUUUCAAGUAAUACAAAGGUAAAUACUGUGCCUUUUUCUUCUAUGCAUGUACUGUUUAAUUCCUUGUCAUAAAAAACGUCCUCUCCAGCACAAUGUACAGUACGAAGCUCAGCCUUUCACAAAUAACAAAACUGCAAACUUUGCUUUGGAAUCAUUCAUUUUCGAUGUUGAUCAAUAAACAAUGACAGAAGAAGUCUACUACCGUCACGAGCCAUAAACCGAUAUUGGUAGUUCAUGUUUUCAUUCAGUCAUUUGAUCAUAAUCUAUGUUAUACAGUAUAUGUUUUUCUCAGUUUUGUUUUCUAACAAUGUAAUAAACUGAUUAGU